AUGGCCCCUUCUAUUAGCCUCGAUCAUACUACUCCUGCGGUCGUCCCGGAGUCAAAUGAGACCCCGGCUGCGUUCGCACCCACCAGCGACCUUUUCUCUCUAGCUGGUCGUACUGUGGUAAUUACCGGAGGUGGUCGAGGUCUUGGAAUGACCUUGACUACCGCCGUCCUUGAAGCUGGCGGCGAAGUCGCCUGUCUGGACCUUCUCCCCGAGCCUAGUCCCGAGGAGUGGAUUGCUGUUCAGAAACUUGCCACGUCCCGUGGCCUCAAAGCCACCUAUACCAAGUGCGACAUUACCGAUGAGGAGAUAACCAAGGGUCUUCUAGAAAAUAUUGCAGCCGAUGCUCUGAGCCGGAAUAAGCCCUUGCGCGGGCUCAUUACCUGUGCUGGAAUUCAGCAAAUGGUACCGGCCUUGGAAUAUCCUAUUGAGGGUUACCGAAAGAUGCUGGACGUGAAUGUCCUUGGGACAUUUAUUCCCGCUAAGCACUGCGCUCGCAUCUUCGUGGAGCAGAAGACGCCGGGAAGCAUUGUUAUGAUCGCAUCCAUGUCAGGCCAGAUUGCUAACCGGGGGUUGACUUGUACAGCCUACAAUUCUUCCAAGGCCGCCGUGCACCAGAUGUGCCGAUCGGUCGCUCAGGAAUGGGGACAGCACAAUAUUCGUGUCAACACACUUUCUGCCGGGUAUAUUCGUACUGCCAUGACCGACGCCUUAUUGAAGGAAAAGCCCGAAGUUGAGGAGACAUGGAUGCGCGGCGCCCUCCUCGGUCGCCUGGGUGCGCCCGAGGACUUCAAGGGGCCGACCGUGUAUAUGCUCGCUGAUAGCAGUGCCUGGAUGACUGGUGCCGAUCUCCGCGUUGAUGGCGGUCACUGUGCAUCUGCAUAG